UGACCUGUCUAGUAAAUGAAACCUUCGUCCAGCGUGUCCGGUUAUAACCCAUGUGCACACAGACAGGGAUCAGUUUGUAGGCCAUCUCGGGAGAUAGUGCACUGGCAACUGCGUGUAGAUGCUGAUCGUAUACAGAGGUUGAGGCACUGGUGGUAUGGACAAGCUACAACAAGGUUGGUUUAGUGAGCACAGUCAGCAGUUGUGGCCUGGGCAGUGCAUGUCCCUGGAGGUGGAACAGGUGCUCUAUGAAGGAAAGUCCAAGUACCAGGAAAUAUUAGUGUUUAAAAGCAAGAGCUAUGGCAAUGUCCUGGUCUUAGAUGGGAUCAUUCAAUGCACAGAGAGAGACGAGUUCUCGUACCAAGAAAUGAUCUCAUAUCUACCUCUAAACUCACAUCCAAAUCCGGAAAAGGUGUUGAUAAUAGGCGGAGGUGAUGGAGGGGUGGCACGGGAUGUGGUGAGACACCCCCUUGUUAAGUCAGCAGUGCAAUGUGAAAUUGAUGAGAAAGUGAUAGAAGUCUCAAAACAAUACCUGCCAAGCAUGUCUUCUGGCUUCAGCAGUCCAAAGCUGACCCUCCAUGUUGGCGAUGGUUUUGAUUUCAUGGCCAAACACCAGGGGGAGUUUGAUGUCAUUAUUACAGACUCCUCAGACCCCAUAGGUCCAGCAAGCUCUCUAUUUGAGAAAUCGUACUAUGAAUUGAUGAAGAAAGCGUUAAGACCAGGGGGUGUAGUUUGCUCACAAGGGGAAUGCUUGUGGUUGGACCUCGGCUUAAUUGACAAUAUGCAGAAAUUCUGUCGUAGUCUGUAUCCUGUGGUAGACUAUGGGUACACCACUAUACCCACGUACCCAAGUGGACAGAUAGGAUUUACACUCUGUAGUCUAAACCCUGAAACAAAUUUUAGAGAACCACUCCAUGUUUGGUCUGAUGAUCAACUGCCUACCAAGUAUUACAAUCCAGAUGUUCAUAAAGCAGCCUUUGCCCUUCCACAAUUUGCCAGAAAGGUACUGAAUGGUGACGCUGAUCCUAGGAAAACCCAAGUCGGAAGCCAAGAACACUGACAAUUGUGCACAUUCAUUACAUCAGUGACUUUUGUUACUCCGUAAUAUACCGGCAAUGUUACUGAUAAAUGCUUGACUUGGAAGUCAUAAAUGACUAAAAAAAUCAUUGAGACAAAAUAUUUCAAGAUUCCCUUUUUUUCUAAGAGCAGAAAAUUAUUUUUCUAUUGGAUGAAUCCUUGAAUAUGAUCUGUUUUAACAAAUAUAUUGUCACAGAUAUAUAUCUAUUUACUUACUUACUAUGCACUGCUUACUAUGCACUGCUGUGAAUUUUUGGUGUAGGCUUACACUUCAAAACCAUUCAGUUUGCAACCGGGUUUGACAGAAAUGGUAGUCCGCU